GGCGGCCCUGAGUCACCGGCGCGCCCCCGCCCAGCCUCUCGCCGCCGCCGCAGCCGCCGCGUGUGCGCCCCGCUCCGCCAGCGCCCGCUCGAUUGCUCAUGGGCAGAGGAGCAGAGGCCGCGGAGAGGCCCCCGAGCGCGCGGUGCCCCAGCUGGGCCGGAGCUAGGAGCUGGACCUUGCCCACCCACCCCCGGCAGCAGUGCCCGGGCAGGCGGCGCCAUGGCCUUCUCCCAGGUGCAGUGUCUGGACGACAACCAUGUGAACUGGCGCUCCAGCGAGUCCAAGCCUGAGUUCUUCUACAGCGAGGAGCAGCGGCUGGCGCUGGAGGCCCUGGUGGCCCGCGGCCGGGACGCCUUCUACGAGGUGCUCAAGCGGGAGAACAUCCGAGACUUCCUCUCGGAGCUGGAGCUCAAGCGCAUCCUGGAGACCAUCGAGGUGUACGACCCGGGCUCUGAGGACCCUCGGGGCACGGGCCCCUCUCAGGGGCCCGAGGACAAUGGGGUCGGCGACGGCGAGGAAGCCAGCGGGGCGGAUGGGGUCCCCACCGAGGCCGAGCCGCUGCCCUCCCUGGAGUACUGGCCCCAGAAGUCGGACCGCUCCAUCCCGCAGCUGGACCUGGGCUGGCCCGACACCAUCGCCUACCGCGGCGUGACCCGGGCCAGCGUCUACAUGCAGCCCCCCAUAGACGGGCAGGCCCACAUCAAAGAGGUGGUGCGGAAGAUGAUCAGCCAGGCACAGAAGGUGAUAGCUGUGGUCAUGGACAUGUUCACCGACGUGGACAUCUUCAAGGACCUGCUGGACGCCGGCUUCAAGAGGAAAGUGGCCGUGUACAUCAUCGUGGAUGAGAGUAACGUCAAGUACUUCCUGCACAUGUGUGAGCGGGCCCGCAUGCACCUGGGGCACCUCAAGAAUCUCAGAGUGCGGAGCAGCGGGGGAACUGAGUUCUUCACGCGGUCGGCAACCAAGUUCAAGGGUGCCCUGGCCCAGAAGUUCAUGUUUGUGGAUGGAGACCGGGCUGUGUGCGGCUCCUACAGCUUCACGUGGGCGGCUGCGCGGACGGACCGGAAUGUGAUCUCUGUGCUGUCUGGCCAGGUGGUGGAGAUGUUUGACCGGCAGUUCCAGGAACUGUACCUCAUGUCACACAGUGUGAGCCUCAAGGGCAUCCCUAUGGAGAAGGAACCGGAGCCGGAGCCUAUUGUGCUGCCCUCUGUGGUCCCCCUGGUGCCCGCGGGCACUGUGGCCAAGAAGCUCGUCAACCCCAAGUACGCACUUGUCAAGGCCAAGAGCGUCGACGAGAUUGCCAAGAUCUCCUCUGAGAAGCAGGAGGCGAAGAAGCCCCUGGGGCUGAAAGGCCCAGCGCUGGCCGAGCAUCCAGGGGAACUCCCCGAGCUGCUGCCACCCAUCCACCCAGGACUGCUUCACCUGGAGAGGGCCAACAUGUUUGAGUACCUGCCCACGUGGGUGGAGCCAGACCCGGAGCCUGGCAGCGACAUCCUGGGCUACAUCAAUAUCAUCGACCCCAACAUCUGGAACCCCCAGCCCAGCCAGAUGAACCGCAUCAAGAUCCGUGACACCUCCCAGGCCAGCGCCCAGCACCAGCUGUGGAAGCAGAGCCAGGACAGCAGGCCCCGUCCAGAGCCUUGCCCUCCCCCAGAGCCCAGUGCCCCCCAGGACGGUGUCCCAGCUGAGAACGGCCUCCCCCAGGGGGACCCUGAGCCAUUGCCCCCCGUGCCCAAGCCCCGGACAGUCCCUGUGGCAGAUGUACUAGCCCAGGACAGCAGUGAUAUUGGCUGGGUCCUGGAGCUCCCCAAAAAGGAAGCUCCCCAGAAUGGGACAGACCAUAGGCUACCCAGGAUGGCAGGCCCAGGCCACGCCCCACUCCAGCGGCAGCUAUCUGUGACCCAGGAUGACCCCGAGAGCCUGGGGGUGGGGCUCCCCAAUGGGCUGGAUGGGGUGGAAGAAGAAGAUGAUGACGACUACGUAACCCUCAGUGACCAGGACAGCCACUCAGGCAGCUCCGGCCGUGGCCCUGGCCCCCGACGGCCCUCAGUGGCUUCCUCUGUGUCAGAGGAGUACUUCGAGGUGAGAGAGCACUCAGUCCCUCUCCGGAGGCGCCACUCAGAGCAAGUGGCCAACGGGCCAACCCCACCACCGCGCCGGCAGCUGAGUGCCCCCCAUAUAACCCGAGGGACCUUUGUUGGACCCCAGGGUGGCUCCCCAUGGGCCCAGAGUCGGGGAAGAGAAGAAGCAGAUGCGUUGAAGAGGAUGCAGGCCCAGCGCUCCACAGACAAGGAGGCACAGGGCCAGCAGUUUCAUCAUCACAGGGUCCCUGCCUCAGGGACUAGGGAUAAAGACGGCUUCCCAGGACCCCCUAGGUACCGCUCUGCUGCUGACAGCGUCCAGAGCUCUACCAGAAACGCUGGCCCAGCCGUGGCUGGCCCCCACCACUGGCAGGCCAAGGGAGGCCAGGUACCCCGCCUGCUUCCGGAUCCCGGCAGCCCAAGACUGGCCCAAAAUGCCCGCCCCCUGACCGAUGGCAGGGCCACCGAGGAGCAUCCGAGUCCCUUCGGAAUCCCAUACUCCAAACUGUCUCAGUCGAAGCACCUAAAGGCCAGGACGGGCGGUAGCCAGUGGGCCUCCUCCGAUUCUAAACGGAGGGCUCAAGCCCCCCGGGACCGCAAAGACCCCUAGCAGCAUGUCCCAGCCUGGAGCCACACCUUCUGAGGCCCCAGCCCAGACUCAUGAUGCGGAGGGCAGACAGGCCGCCUGGGCCUACCAGAGCCCACUGGGACGGCAGGAAGGUGGGAUGGGCGGGAGACGUUGGCACUCACCUGGUCGGUGCACCAGUACCAGGUGGCCAUGAUGGUCAGGCCAAAGGUCAUCCCGGUCCACGGCAGGUCCCCUGUGUGGGGGUCUCGAAACAUGUGCAUGGCGUCUGUACGUGGCAGGUGGCAGGUGGUGUUGGCAAUGGUCCUGGAGGGA